AACUCGUACAAUAUAUAUUACCCCGCUCGCGACGCGCCUGUCAGUGCGUUCCCUAGAUUUUGCAUUGUGUUCACAGCUCGCUCCAACACUAGUAGAGAUGAGACUCCUUUGCUUAUUGUGUGUUACGUGUUUUGGGUUUGGCGCAAGCGAAACAGAUAAUUCUACAUUGAAGGGGAUACAGGGAGGAUAUCACACAGACCCUAUGAAUGCUCCUUGGCACGUAGGGCUUUAUAAAGUUGGGAAAAUUUAUAAGCAGAUAUGCGGCGGCACCAUCAUCGCUAGCAACGUCGUCGUGACAGCCGCGCAUUGUGUUUCAAAGGACGAUAAGGUAUGGCCCGCGUCGGAGUUUGCAGUAGGAGCUGGCAAAAUAUAUCGCGCGUGGGACAAUUUUAAUGACGUAGGAGCUCAGAAAUCAAAUGUGAGGGAAAUAAAGUUGCCACCACGUUAUCAAGGUGUUGUGGCGAACUAUCAAGAGGACAUCGCACUUCUGAUACUCGUCGAUGCGUUCGUAUACACUAACUUCGUGCAGCCGGCCUGCGUGAGUUUUAAUGCUCAUUUCGACACAUUACAACUGAGGGAAGGACAGUUGGGCAAGGUUGUGGGCUGGGGUCUGUCAGGAUUAAAGUCCAAGAUGUCACGUCUGCUCCGCGGUGCUACCUUGCCUUGUGUUGCCAUCGAGAACUGUAUAUCGCAGAGUCCUCAGUCCUUCAAGUCUUACAUCACCGGCGACAAGAUCUGCGCUGGAUACCAAAAUGGCACGGCGGUGUGUCGCGGCGACAGUGGUGGAGGGCUCGUGUUCCCAGAAGCAGUGGACGGCAUCGAGCGGUACUUCCUCCGCGGCGUCGUCUCCACCUCCCCUGACUCUUCGGAGUUGUGCAACCGCUACACCUGGGCCACCUUCACCCACCUCCUUCGACAUGAACACUUCGUGAAGUCCCACGUGCCUCAUGUAGAACAGAUAUGCGGCAUAUCACCCAUUGUCAAUGUCGCAUCCCGUUUCGGUGUCACUGCAGAUGACAGUAAAUGUUCUUGUACAUGUGGAAAGUAAUGCUAAAAGUAAAUAAUACAUAGUUGACAAAUCAAUAAGGAUGUGUUGUUGGGUUAAUUCUAGUCGGUUGUGAAAUAUUAAGAAAAUUUUAUUUCAUCAUCCAUGUAACUAAUUUAACGUUUGAAUAAAUUGUAUGUCUAGAUAGAGUGGCGCUUUUCAAUGACGCUAAAACAAAUAAGGCAAGAAGCUUGGUGUGUGUAACAGCUGCAUCCUUAGAGCUGCGUCAUACACUGUUCCUCAAUCGCUGUCCCUGCGUAAUUCUGUUUAGCCUUGUGUGCGUGCAUAAUGAUACUAGUUGUUGCACAGUUCCUAUUAAAAUGCGAAGAAAAUGAUGUUCAAAUAAUCCAAAAAAUAAUUGACACAAAACAAAACAUUUUUAAUUUCUCGGAUUAUAAUUUUGUAAUGAAUAAUAACAAACAUUUUAUGAAAAAAAUAAAAAAUCGGGAAGCAACAGUUGUGAACGCAAUGACAGCUCCAAGCACACUGUACACGAAAAGGGGAUGUAGAGAUGAACUGUUCACCUCUAAUUUUAUCGACGCAUUUGAUGCUAUUAUUUAGACAUAUUAUUAAUCAAAGGUAUUACGUUUGCACAAAUAAAAUAGUCCAGACUAGUGUCUGUAGUAGUAGUAGUAGUCUGUCCAAACGAUUAUUUGUAUACAACUUAUGAUAUCGAUUAUUAUAAGAAAUUAACAUGACUAAUUGAUUAAUACUCUGGCUGUCAAAAGGUCUACCAAAUUUAUUUAGGAAAAAUAAACAAUUGUUUAAAUUUAACUAUUAAUUAUAUACUCAUGACCCAAGCCCGUCCGAGGAACUCUUGUGCAUUUGGUCUCCACUCCAACUGCACGCUCAUGCAAGGGGGCAUAUUUGUCGCGGCUCUAGGCACAUAGUAAAAUGUACACGAUGGCUCCUGAGUAACCUAUCUUAUCUGGGAAAAUUGCCUAUAUUCUUCCCAAGGUCUUAAACUAUCUCCAAAAUAAAACUAAAUAAGUAAUUAUUACUUAUAACAAAAAAUGUACUAAUUUACAAAAGAGAAUAAUUGUAACCAAAUUAACAAAUAAUCAGGAAUACAAAAAUAGCUAGCGAAAAGAUUGUGAACGUCCGUCCGAUCUAACAAUUAAUGACAGCCAAAAAAAAAAGUAUCGACGACGCAAUGGUCCGCGCGAGCUGGCCGUUUUUAACCAAAGAGGAUAUAAUCCUACGUUAUAGUUGCAGCUAAGCCAUGCCUCCCGGUCUCCUAGUAAUAUUUUGCUAAUUAUAAAUUAAUUCUAACCAUACAGUGUACACCACAACUGCCCUUUCUUUUUCCUUUCAAUGUCCAUGCCAUAUGGUUGUCUGUAAAAUAUUGCCUCGAGUGAUAAGACCGCCAAUUGUACUCUAUUAAUUAUAAGUGGAUAUAGUAAGUUGUUUACUCUUGCACAUGUGUACAAUAAGAAUUAAAUAAAUAAGUAAA